CCUUCCCAGAUGGAUCAUCUCCAGGAAGCAAAUGGCAAUUUUGCCAUCAACUUAUUCAAGAUGUUGGGUGAAGCAGACUGCUCCAAGAACGUGUUUUUUUCUCCGCUGAGCAUUUCCUCUUCUCUGGCCAUGGUCUUAAUGGGGGCCAGAGGAGACACAGCUACCCAGAUGCUCCAGGCACUUUGUUUGGAUCCAGGCGAGGCUGUCCAUGCUGGCUUCCAGUCCCUGCUUCGGACUUUGGAAGGGACCAACGAGCAGUGCCUGCUCAGAACGGCCAGCAGGCUCUUCGGGGAAAAGACUUGUGAUUUUCUGCCAGACUUUAAGGCAUCCUGCCAGAAGUUCUACUUCGCCGAGCUGGAAGAGCUGUCCUUUGCAAAGGAAACAGAGGAUUGCAGGAAGCAUAUCAAUGACUGGGUGGCAGAAAAGACUGAAGGGAAGAUUUCAGAGAUGCUGAGUGCUGGAAUGAUUGACCCUCUGACUAAGCUGGUCCUCGUGAAUGCCAUCUAUUUCAAAGGAAAGUGGAGCGAACAGUUUGACAGAAAACACACCAGGGGGAUGCCCUUUAAAGUCAACCAGGAGAAAAAGACAGUGCAGAUGAUGUUUAAGAAAGCUAAAUUUGACACGGGCUAUGCUGAGGAGGUUCAUGCCCAAGUUUUGGAUCUUCCCUACGCUGGUGGGGAGCUCAGCAUGGUCAUCCUGCUGCCUGAUGAAGAAACCCCUCUCUCUGAGGUGGAAAAAGUACUUACUUAUGAAAAGCUCAGAGCCUGGACAAGUUCUGAAAAUUUGACCAAAGAGAAAAUUCAAGUGUUCCUUCCCCGAUUGAAGCUAGAAGAGAGUUAUGACCUGGAGUCUUUUCUUCGAAGCUUAGGAAUGACUGAUGCUUUUGAUGAAGCCAAGGCAGACUUUUCUGGAAUGUCCACUCAGAAGAAUGUGCCCGUGACCAAGGUGGCACACAAGUGCUUUGUGGAAGUGAACGAAGAGGGCACAGAGGCAGCGGGGGCCACGGCAGUCAUCAGGAAUACCCGCAGUAUCAAGAUAGAACCCCGGUUCUGUGCCGACCACCCUUUCCUUUUCUUCAUCCUGCACCACAAAACCAAAAACCUCUUGUUCUGUGGCAGGUUCUGUGCUCCUUGAGCAGGUGACAUUGUAUUACAAGGGUUUCUUUUCCU